AUGUCAACCUCAUCUUUCAACUUCUUCGAAGAACUUCCCGAUGUCGUCUUCUAUGCGGUGUUGGAGAGACUGCCCGGACGGGUCAUUGAAAACACUGUUCGACUAAUCUCAAGGGAUUGCUACAGAAGGGUCGAGUUGCGCAGAGGGAGACUUCCUCGUGUUUAUCUCGAUCAACUUAUUAUUCGUGCAGGGAGCAGGUUUGAGUAUAGAAGAGAGCCUUUCGAGAGAGCAAGGCCUUACUGUGACUUUGCAGAAACGAUCGAUCCAGCUGACUUGGUUCAACAUUUGAAUCAUUUGAAAGAGCGUGCAACCUUCAAGACCCUCGAGUUGAUGGAUGUCAAUUGGGCUUAUGCUGCAAAUUGCAAGUUGCAAAUCGAGUGCGAAGAAUUGUCUUGUUGUGGCAGUUUUACGACUCUUUCGCCGGAAAGAUUCAUGCAUAUUUUUUGCAGUAUAAGACCAACACGCAAGCUAACGAUUAAGGCGAAUCAGGACAACGACAUUUUUCCUGUGACGAGUGACUUUUUCACCAACAAUUAUGCGAUUCGAUUGCAAGAAGUUUCGUUUUGCGGUUACGGGAAUGCCAUGGUUGAUCCAUUAAAUGACACGAUCUUGUUGUAUUCAAAUCUUUCGAUUUUUUACAAUUAUUUUCCAACAAGUCCCGGGUGCACUCUUGAUGGGAUUCUGAUGGGAUGCUCCGAGACUGCAGCUGGCGGGCAAGCAGAACGUCAAAAUUUCUUGCGCAAUUUAUCUGGAUUGCUAGUUGAUAAAAUGUUCUACGACAAGCACGGCUAUCUUAGGAUCGAAAUGACUCGACUAGUGCCCGGCCCGAAAGCUGACUUAUAUAGGCGCCUGAAGCAACCGCAUCACUGCCAUACACGAAAAGGAACAUUGCAAUGGGAGCCAUUGAAGCGGUUCAUCAAAGAUGACUUGACGAAAUAUUGGAGUCUGCACGAACGAAAGAAUUGGGAAAUAAUCGGGAAAGCAACAUCGGCGAUUUCCCUCAUCACUUCGUUUUUGAUCGCCUUACAGAAUGAGGGAUUUCUCAAGACAGCCAGGGAAAGUGGAACAUGUUUAGUAAACAAGGCAAUUCAAGCUUCAGGAAGAAAAGUGACGGGAGCUUUCUCAACCUUAGUGGUCGUUGCCUCGUCGGUUUUGAAUCAAUGGCAGCAGGAACUGCAAGACAAGGUUGACGAAGAUUACGCACUCAACAUUUAUUGUCACACUGGCCCCAAAAAAACCCGGGAUAAUUUGGACGAUAAAGUUACGCCGGGCAGAUGUUGUGCUGACGACUUGCGACGUUUUAAGGAAAUCACAAGGGAAUUAGCGCAGCCAGGAACAUACCAGCUUCGAGUCCUUACUUACUUCGGUGGAUUAGAGAUGCAGGAUUUGCGCGUAAAUUUGGUUGUCAAUCCGACUGUGGGAAACAACAUGGCGCCGGCACCUAUGGCACCUGAUGACGGUCCUCAGGGCGGCGGUGGUGGAGGAGGCGUCUGCGAGGGUGAACUGCCCCACAUUGAAACGUCGUUUUUUUGCGCUACGCCAGGCCACUACGGCCAC